CAGCCAUCAUAAAAGAGGCUCUCCUCUCUCCUUCAGUCCGGCACUCCAACGCGCACCGCCAUGUUUGCUCUCAUCUCUUCCCUAUUCGCGACAAUAGCAUGGCGAGCCAGACUCGGGUUCCAGGCACCUGCCGACGACUCCACACUCCUGUGGAGGGAAUUAUGGCGGGAUCAUUUUCACCAUGGCUACUACGACACACAUGCCACCCCCUCAUUGGCCGACCACCGCCUCUCCCAAACUCGGACGAUAGAUGAGGCUCUCGCUUUUGCUGGCAUAACCGAUGAUGAGUCAACGUGGCCAAGGACUGUAAUAGAUGUUGGGUGUGGGGUUGGGGGCAGUGCAAGAUAUAUCGCUAAAAAGUUGGGGGCGAAAUGUGAAGGUAUCACUGUUGACCCAAAUCAGGUUAAGAUCGCUAAUGACCUUGCCCUUGCUCAAGGCCUCGCAGACAAGGCCACUUUCCAUGUUGCUGAUGCAAUGGAUCAGCCUUUUGCCGAUGGGCAGUUUGACUUGGUUUGGGUUAUGGAGAGUGGUGAGCACAUGCCUGAUAGGAAAAAGUUUAUGAGCGAGUUGGUCAGAGUGGUGGCCCCUGGAGGCACCAUUAUCAUUGCGAGUUGGUGUCACAGGGAUCUGUCUCCUGAUGAAAAGUCGUUGCGUCCUGACGAGCUACAUAUCUUGAAUCGAGCGUGCAAUGCUUAUGAAAUUCCUGCCUGGUGUUCAAUGGCUGAUUACAUCAACUUGGCCCAGUCCUUUUCUCUCCAGGAUAUCAAAACAGCUGACUGGUCCGAUAACAUAGCCCCGUUCUGGCCAGUAAUUUUACGCUCCUCCUUCACUUUUGAUGGCCUCACCUCGCUCUUUAAAUCUGGAUGGAAAACCAUUAAACUUAUCCUUGGAUUGAGUGUGCUGAAAGAGGGUUACGACAAGAAGCUAAUCAAAUUCGCAAUUAUGACAUGUCGAAAACCCGAGUGAACACCAACAGCAGCUUGCCGGAGUGAACACCAACAGCAGCUUGCCGGAGUGCACACCAACAGCAGAGAAGAUCAGAAAAGAACCAUCGUUGUCAGCUAUUUUGAAUUUUUCGAACUCUAGGGUCUCUGCUUUCGCUUCAAGGUGUACUACAAUAAGCCACAUUGUCUAUAUUCAAAUGAUCGUGGGAAUUUCCAGUUUUCAUUACAAAAUUU